UUAUCAACUUCUACCGUGCAAGCUUUGCUUUGCAGACGGUGUUUGGGGCUUUGAUCCAACCAAAAGCAAAAUAUGUCCUUCACCCAAUUCGAUGGUAAUGCCUCCCUUUUCGCUGGCGGCGGUUUGACGUCUUCUCAAGUGACCCAACCCGCCGAUUCCUCACUCUCCAAAGGUCGCACUGCCAAUGGAGUUAUACCGCUGACUGUAAAGCAGAUCAGCGAUGCUUACCACUCUAGCGAUGAUAUGUCUAGCUUCGCCGUCGAUGGUGUUGUUGCCACCCAUUUGAAACUUUUGGGACUGGUGAUGAACAAAACCGAGAAGACGACGGAUGUGACAUUUACAAUUGAUGAUGGUACUGGGCGGAUCAGCGUAAUCAGAUGGGUUAAUGACACUGCAGAUGCAAAUGAAGUGGCUCUGAUUCAGAACGGCAUAUAUGUUACAGUUAUUGGGACCUUGAAGGACUUCCAGGGAAAAAUGCAAGUUUCAGCUUUCUCCAUUCGGGCAGUGGUCGAUUACAAUGAAAUUCUUCUCCAUUUCAUCCACUGCAUUCAAGUUCAUGCAUAUCACAGUGGAGAAAAGGUUGUGGCCCCAGCUCAACUACGAGGAGAUUCAGUCAAGGCAACCAAUGCUUCAAGUGGAGUAAAGGAAAAUCAUUCCCCUGCUUCCAAUCAAUCUUCAGUGACAACCAGCAAUACUGUUGCUGAGGCUGACAUCUACAAAUUAGUAUUGGGUAUAUUUGAGGAGCCAGAGAGCUUGGCUAUUGAACAUGGAAUGCAUGUGGAUGAAGUUGUCAGAAGACUGGGCAUUCCUCACAAAAGGAUAAUGGAAGCUAUUAAUUACCAUGUUGAUCUUGGUCAUAUUUAUUCUACAAUUGACGAUUAUCACUUCAAAUCUGCUUGUACCGGUUGAUUUUAUCAACAUCUCUUGACUGCUGGUGUUUCGAGAGCGCACCUUCCCAGUUACUCUUCAAGUUUAGAUGCAAUUAUUUACCUAUUUACGUCUUUCUGCACAGGAGGAUUUUUGAUUUCAAAUAUAUCAAGCAAAUGUAACUUGCACCAAGAAGGGAAUUUGAUCUUAUAAUUUAUGAA